AUGUGGGGACCUACCUUAGUAGUAGCUCAUAGACACACUUUUCCUUCAAGUGCCAAAAGUCUGUGGGUUCCCGAGGUCUCGAGCGGUUUAGGGUUGGAAGAUCGAAGAGCGUCAGUUCGACUCGUUGCACCACCUGUGUGCAAACCGAGCGCUACUCGUUUUGAAAUACGGAUACCAGGAGCUGAUCUACAUCCUCACUACGCACUUACGGCUCUUAUUUCUGCUGGCUGGAAGGGCGUGGAGAACAAAUCCGAGCUCACUAUUCCUCCACUAUCAGCACAUGAUCCUGGGAAUUCGACACUCGUCUAUUUGCCUAAUUCUCUCGAGAAAGCCGUUGAAAAUUUCAAAUCGCCAAAUACUGCUGCCCGCGAUAUUCUCGGAUCUGAGUUUGUUGACUUUUUUACUCUAUCUCGGGAACAUGAACUGCGGCUGUAUCGCGAGGCGGUGACUGACUGGGAGUUUAAGCGUUAUAUUGAGAUUGUGUAG